GCAUACUUCUAAAAGAGUGGAGCGCGAUAAUGCCACGAGGCGGACACGCCAUUGUCCUCUUGUCUGUUUUGCUCUGCCUCCAAGCGCUGUGUUGUUUCAGUGCGUAUUUGGCUGCGCUGAGCUGAAGAGGAGAGGUUACUCAGAGUCAUUGGAAUCCCGGCACAAUAGACACAGACCCCCCGCCUCUCCUGCCCGGGACUCCAGGUUGUGAACCCCACUGCAAGAGCUCUGGCCUCCAUCAUUCAUCCACCCACCAGGCUCGGGGCUCUCGCUCCAACACAGGAGCUCUCAGUGCUGUUAAAUGGCUCCCCUAAGAAGUAGCAUAAACACCACCGUUCAGUCCAAGGCCACGGUUCACUCUGGAAUGCACCACAUCACAGCUCCUCGUAGAAAGCACUUUUUAUCGCCUAUCUCUCCCUCCCCUCGCUCGCUGCUCCCUCCCCUCUCGGAAUAAACGCGUUGCCAUGCCGUCGGCAGUCAGUGCAGUGGUUAAAACGCGCUCGUUCUCCUGUGAUUUUGGUGCGUGAUGUGUUCAGUCGGCAACGUCGGAGCGCGCGGGCUGAGCUGAGCGAGGCGGCUUCUCCGUUGUCCUUGUCCCCUCCCGGUUCCCCCUCGCUCCCUACUGCGGACUGAGACUUCCCACCCGGGGCAGCCGAGAGACAGAAGCGACGGCACACCUGGGAACUAGAUGGAGGGACCUGAGCCGCAGCUGUCGCCGCAGUCCACCUUUCUCCCGUGGUCCGAGGGGGGAGGGCGCUUGUGAGCUCGUCUGAGUCGGGGUUUGGGAAUACCUUUCCGGGAUAAGAAGGUUAGUGUGUGAAAGACAAUGUCCCGCGGCUCGCUCCGGCAGUCCCGGAUAUUGUUGGCGCGGCGGCGGACUCACAGAGCUCAGUGUCACCCGGUCCGCCCCCACCUCCACCUCCAGUAGCGGUUCAGGCUCUCGCGUCUCGGGCGUCCCGGAGUGUGAAGGAUGACUUCCUGGCUACGCAGCCGUCCUCUGCGUGCCCUCCUGCUCUGCUGCGUGGCGCUCGUUGUCUGCGCAGAAGCCUCCGGCGGCGGAGCCAGAGCGUGUUGGUCGCCCAGCGUCACCUCUUGCGCAGAUUGCCUGCGACGUGGACCACAAUGUGCUUGGUGUUUCCAGGAGGACUACCUGCACGGGGCUGAGCAGAGCCGUCGCUGCGAUCUGCCAGACAACCUUCGCCAGAGAGGUUGCAGGCCUGAGUUCAUGGAGCGGUCGGACGUCAAAGUGGAGGUCGAUGCCACCCUGGACAGCACGCAAGUGUCCCCACGGAAAAUCAGCAUCACCCUCCGGCCAGGUUCAGAGGCCAGUUUUGUUGUUGCUGUGAAACAACUGGAGCGCUAUCCUGUAGAUCUCUACAACCUAGUGGAUGUAUCAGCCUCCAUGGAGAAAAACCUUGAUCAUCUCAAGACAGUGGGCGUCGCACUGUCCCUCCGGAUGACGCAACAUACCUCAGAUCUUUGGCUGGGUUUUGGCUCAUUUGUGGACAAGCCUGUCUCCCCUUUCAUAAGUGUCCAUCCCUCCAAGAUCGACAACCCCUGCAGUGAGUACCAGAUCAGCUGUCGUCCAGCCCACGGUUUUCACCAUGUCCUCAGCAUGACCGACAACAUCAGCGAGUUCACGCGAGUGAUGAAGCUCCAGCGCAUCUCUGCGAACGUGGACACGCCCGAGGGAGGACUGGACGCCAUGCUGCAGGCCGCUGUCUGCCAGCGUGCUGUUGGUUGGCGGCCAGAGGCAAAGCGCCUCUUGCUCCUGAUGACAGAUCAGUCGUCUCACCUCGCACUGGACAGCAAGGUGGCUGGGAUCGUGACGCCGCAUGACGGCCGGUGUCACCUGGACAACAACAUUUACACUGGAAGCACAAAGAUGGACCAUCCCAGUUUAGGUCUACUGUCAGACAAGCUGCUUGAAAACCAUAUCUACCCCAUCUUCGCUGUGGACAACACGCAGUACCAGUGGUAUGAGGAGUUGGUGAAGCUGCUGCCUGGAUCGAUCCUGGGAAAAUUGGGCCUCUUUCAGGCACCGAACCUUAUAGAUCUGGUGGUAGAUGCGUACAAGAAACUGUUGUCUGAGGUGGCGGUGUCAGUGUCAGUGGAGGACAAGGCAGUCAGCAGGUACUGGGUGUCUGUUUCUCCUUUUUGUCCCCGCGGAUCCACUGCCAAGGACCAGAGCUGCUCAGGGGUGCAGCCAGGCCAGACGGUGUACUUUAAUAUCACCGUUGGCCAACACUCCUGUCCUGAUGAUGGUGAAGAUGAAGAUGUGAGGAUGUUGGUGCAUCCGGUGGGCUACAAUGAGUCCACUGUGAUCAGCAUCCGCUCUAAAUGUCAGUGCAAAUGUGGACCAACAGGUCAUUGUGAUGGCACCGACCAGUCACCCUGCAGGGAAAGCCAUCGCGGUGCCAGUCAAGAGCAAAGGCCAGAUCACGGACAUAUGAAAGACUCGAGCGCAGAUCCAAAUAGAAGCUGCAAAGCAGAGGGGUCAAAUGUGAACUGCAGCGGGCGGGGAGUGUGCGAGUGCGGCAAAUGUGUGUGUGAGCAAAGCAGGCUUGGGACGGUAUACGGGAAAUACUGUGAAAUGGAUGACUUCUCCUGCCCAUAUGAGAAGGGACAGCUGUGUGGAGGCCGAGGUGUGUGUGUGUCAGGCGAGUGUGUGUGCGAGGUCGGCUGGACAGGUGACAGUUGCAGCUGUCCCACCUCCAUAACCAGCUGUCAAUCUGCAGAUGGCUUGCUUUGCAGUGGCUGUGGAAAGUGUGUGUGCGGCAAGUGUGUGUGUACUGAUCCCCAACGAUCUGGAGACUUCUGUGAGAGAUGUCCCACCUGCCAAGACAUCCGAAAAUCCUCCUGUAAGAGUGUGGACUGCCAUCAUUCUCAAGGUCUCUCCCAAAAAGAGGCGGAGCUAUGCAACACCACCUGCGCUCUUCAUAUCGGCUCCAAAACAGAUUUUUCAGAACGAGUCAGCAGUGGGCGGCUGGUUGGAACUUUCCUGUGUGUGUGCGCCCUGACGGUGCUGUGUGGACUCGUGGUGGUGGCCGUGUCCCGGUUGCUGCUGCAGAAGAGAGGCAUGCCACGAGGGGGCGCUGGUGCAGAUUUAGGCUACCAUUGCACUGGAAAGGAUCUCUCAUAUAUUCCUACAACCAAUGAGAAAACAGUGACCUACAGGAGGGACCGUCCGCCUGACCAACCCGUGGAGAUGCGCAUUCAGGUUCCCAAGAUGUCUCUUGAUGAUCACUGGCAGUUCUAACCAGGGCACAAAUGUUGAAGUCUGAAGGAAGAGAUAGAAAGAAGAAGAGCUGGACUAGAAACUUCUUUUCUGCUCCCUACACUCCCAGACAUCAAGAAAACCGUAUCUGAAGGACAAGAUGAUGCUAAGCUUGACUCCAAAACCUCAAUGGAAUUAGACUCUUUGAACUGAACUAACCAAACCGAGGGAGACUUUUUGACUACAGUGGCCAGUAUCUUUUGAAUGAAGAUGAAACAAAGUCGCCCACCUCUUCUUCCUCUGCAGCAGAGAGAGGCCACAGGGUAAAGAGGGAUUGUGAAGGUUCCUCGUUUCUUAGAUAUGCAGAGCAGCUUAUCUAUCCCAUGGAUGAGUGUGAGAGUGUCUGUGUGUGUUGUGCCUCUGGUUGCGUUUGUGCUUUCUAUUUAUGAUCUUAAAAUGUAACACUACAUGUUUGAAGUUCAUAUUUGCUUGAGAAGGCAACGUUCCACCUCCACCGUCUCACUGUCUUUGUCUGCCCCCGUGUGGCCAUCUCCAUGUACUGCAACCUCUCUAAAAACACAAUCGACCUCAGCUGCAUUAACUGUUCUACUAAUGACUGUUUGCUUUUACGAACCCUUUUUUAGUCAUGUGUAAUGAAUGAUGAAUUUUGUUCUGUGUGUUGACCUGCUCUCUACAGGAUGAAUUUGCACUAGAAAGCUGCAUUAUACUACUGAAAACUUUGGGCACUCUGGGACAGGAGAGCUGUGAACUUUUGGGCAUUAGAGGUCAUCUUUGUGCGUUCAAAGCUGAUGUAACAAAUUCACCCCAACACUGGAACAAGAAUGACUAAGAUUCAUAUUUAAAAUAUGUAUAAUCACAAAACAAAACGGUUAUUUAUAGCGAUGUAACAUCGGACUCUUGAGCACGUGAGCUCUGCAUCACAGCCAAACUUUCCUGCUUUUGCUGAAGAUCUAUUUUCCGAAACAUCUGGACAACUUGAGGCUUUAAGGUACGAAUGGGCUCAGAAUGGCACUGAGGACAGCAGUGGACUCUGUGCAACUUUUAUGCACUAGAAGAGAUUACCUGAGACUUUUGUUUUUGCUCAAUCCUACUCAAAUUUCUAAUUUUUCAAGUAGUUUUUUUGUAUUGUUUAACUUUUUCUGAAAGUUUAAAACACUAAUAACUAUUUAUUUUUGAUCAAGUUACAGGAGAUCUCCUAUAUCUCAUAAUAGUGCUGCACAAUAAGACAGAUACUGUAGUUUUUUAAGUGAACUGCGGAAGGUUUCAGCAAUAAGUAGCAUUAUUAAUCAUCUCAUCUAAUAUGGUACUGAGUUUUUACAUGAAAACAGCACUUUUUGUUGGUAGAUUUGUUGUAAGUUAUUGUGCGUGACUGUUAUUAUCACAAUAAUAAUGUGCAAGAUUUUGUUUAGUUACUGAGUUAUCGUAUGAAACAACGUAGCCUUUUAUAAAUAAGUUUACUGUUCAAAUAUCUGAAUGUAAAAAGAAAGAUAAUAAUAAUGAUCAUCUUUUGAUUUCAAUGUUAGCAUCCAAAUCCAAUGAAGUGUUUGAUUACUGCAAAAAUGUGUAAUUAUAUUUGUUUUUCAAAAUAAAACAUGUCUGUUGAAUUAA